AUGAGCGUGGAUGGCGUUCGGUACGUGCAUAACCGCAAAAUUGACACGCAGUUACAGAGCCUAUUGACAAGUGCAACGUCCACGUCCUGGCGCCCCGUACCCCCUGUAGUAUCCGACACACCCAAAGAUGGCUCUUCAACCACUUUCGAAGAGUCGAAAGUCAUUAUCCAUAAAAGGCCCAGUAAGCAAGGAGAGAUUUUUCGUUUGGUGUACGACAUCCCAAUCGAGGACUUUUCCUUGAACGCUUGGAAGGCGGUCCUGACGACGCCCGAAAUGAGACAAGAGUGGGAUCCUGGUGUAGAGAGCUCGCAACUAAUCGAGUUAUUUGAUGUGGAUGUCCGAAUCACAAAGACCUACUUCACGCUUGGAUGGCCAGCUAAUCCCAGAGAUGCCAUAACAAUUUCCCGGACCAUAAGUGACGGUUCCACCCUACUGGAUGUGGCGACUUCUUUGCCCCGUUCGCCUGAUGAGCCGCCUUACUUGCGACCCACACCUCCCUACGUAAGAUCUCAAGUUCAUCUAUUUGCAUGGGUUAUACAACAAGUACCGGGUCCGUCAGGCCCAAAAAUCCGCCUAACGUAUUUCUGGCAACAUGAUCUAAAAGCUGUCUGGAGCAUGGGAAUGCCAUCAAGAGCUCAUCAUCUAGUUUCUCUAAUGAUAGGAGCGGUAAAAACUGUUACCAAAUUUGGAAACAGUAUCCCUAUGUUACAAGGCUUCGGGCUGGGAGUUGGAAUGGAACGAAUGAUCUUUGACAUUGGAAGGAGAUCCUUGGCGAUUGACUACUCCAUCGUUCAUGAACAAGAAAGUGACCUGGAUCAUAAAACACCCAGAGGGAUGGACGAACUUCGAGCAAAGAAGGAAAGAAGAAGGCUUGAGAGGAGCUUGGAGCUGCUAUUGCCGAAACAAUCGAGCUGGGAUGUACAGAUGAUCACUCGAGCUCCCUCUGCUUCACUCCAG